AUGUCUUCCCUACGGAACAGCGUCCAACGCCGCUCCCACCGCGAACGCGCCCAGCCCCUCGAGCGCGCCAAACUCGGCCUCCUAGAAAAGAAAAAAGAUUAUCAAAAACGCGCAAAGGACUACAAAAAAAAGCAAACAGUCCUCAAAUCCCUCCGGGAGAAAGCCGCCGAGAAGAACGAAGAUGAGUUUUAUUUCGGCAUGAUGUCCCGCAAGUCGGCCGGGUCGUCUUCUCUCACUGCGGGAAAAGGGUUUGAUGGAAAGGUAGCGGGGGAUAGGGGAAACAAGGCUAUGGGUGUGGAUUUAGUCAGGCUGCUCAAGACGCAGGAUUUGGGGUAUGUGAGGACUGUGAGGAAUAUUGUUGCCAAGGAGGUGAGGGGGUUGGAGGAGAGGUGGGUGCUUGCGGGCGGGGGGGAAGAGGAGGAGGAUAGUGAGGAUGAGUUUGAUAUGGGAGGGCGACAACCGAAGAAAGUGAAGAAGAUUGUUUUUUGUGAGGGGGUUGAGGAGCGGAAGGAGGUGGUGGACGGAAGGAAAAGGCAGGAGAGGGAACAGGAGAGUGAUGAUGAGGAUGAUGAAGAGAGGGUGAGGAAGGAGCGGAAUUUGGAGAAAUUGGCUAAGAAGUUGAAGGAGGCGAGGAAAAAGCUCAAGGCGUUGACGGAUGCCGAGUUGGAACUGGAGGUUACACAGGCGAAGAUGGCGAAAACGGCGACGAGCGGGGGGGUUACGAAGGCGGGGAGGAGGAUCAAGGUCAGGGAGAGGAAGAGGUGA